GCCGGCCGGAAGUCUGGGGUUGAUGAUGGCUGUGUUGCAGCUGGGCCCGUAGUUGGGGGGGGUCCCUGGUCGGAUCCCUGUCUGCCCUUGCCCAGUCCCGGCCCGGCCCCCUCGGGGUGAGACGGCGGCGGCGCCGACUCUCCUCGCCGCGAUGCACGACGCGUUCGAGCCGGUGCCGAUCCUAGAAAAGCUGCCUCUGCAGAUCGACUGUCUCGCCGCCUGGGAGGAAUGGCUUCUUGUUGGAACCAAGCAAGGACAUCUUCUUCUCUAUAGGAUUCGGAAGGACGCUGUGCCAGCAGACGUAACAUCCCCUGAAAGUGGCAGUUGCAACAGGUUUGAAGUGACACUAGAGAAAUCCAAUAAGAAUUUCUCCAAAAAGAUCCAGCAGAUCCAUGUGGUUUCCCAGUUUAAGAUUCUGGUCAGCUUGUUAGAAAAUAACAUUUACGUCCAUGACCUAUUGACAUUUCAACAAAUCACUACGGUGUCAAAGGCAAAGGGAGCAUCACUGUUCACCUGUGACCUCCAGCACACAGAGACUGGUGAGGAGGUGUUGCGGAUGUGUGUGGCGGUGAAAAAGAAGCUGCAGCUCUAUUUCUGGAAGGACAGAGAAUUUCAUGAAUUGCAGGGGGACUUCAGUGUACCAGACGUGCCCAAGUCUAUGGCGUGGUGUGAAAACUCUAUCUGUGUGGGCUUCAAGAGAGACUACUACCUAAUAAGGGUGGAUGGAAAAGGGUCUAUCAAAGAGCUCUUCCCAACAGGAAAACAGCUGGAGCCCUUAGUUGCACCUCUGGCUGAUGGAAAAGUGGCCGUGGGUCAGGAUGAUCUUACCGUGGUGCUCAAUGAGGAGGGCAUCUGCACACAGAAGUGUGCCCUGAACUGGACGGACAUACCGGUUGCCAUGGAGCACCAGCCUCCCUACAUCAUUGCGGUGUUGCCUCGAUAUGUAGAGAUCCGGACGUUUGAGCCGAGGCUUCUGGUCCAGAGCAUUGAAUUGCAGAGGCCUCGUUUUGUUACCUCAGGAGGAUCAAACAUUAUCUACGUGGCCAGCAAUCAUUUUGUUUGGAGACUCAUUCCUGUUCCCAUGGCAACCCAAAUCCAGCAGCUUCUCCAGGACAAGCAGUUUGAAUUGGCUCUGCAGCUGGCAGAAAUGAAAGAGGAUUCUGACAGUGAAAAGCAGCAGCAGAUCCAUCACAUCAAGAACUUGUAUGCCUUCAACCUCUUCUGCCAGAAGCGCUUCGAUGAGUCCAUGCAGGUGUUUGCUAAGCUUGGCACAGACCCCACCCAUGUGAUGGGCCUGUACCCCGACCUGCUGCCCACCGACUACAGAAAGCAGCUGCAGUAUCCUAACCCACUGCCUGUGCUCUCCGGGGCUGAGCUGGAGAAGGCUCACUUAGCUCUGAUUGACUACCUGACACAGAAACGAAGUCAGUUGGUGAAGAAGCUGAACGACUCCGACCACCAGUCCAGCACCUCCCCGCUCAUGGAAGGCACACCCACCAUCAAGUCCAGGAAGAAGCUGUUGCAGAUUAUUGACACCACCUUGCUGAAGUGCUACCUCCACACGAACGUGGCCCUGGUGGCCCCCUUGCUGCGUCUGGAGAACAACCACUGUCACAUAGAAGAGAGCGAGCAUGUGCUGAAGAAGGCACACAAAUACAGUGAACUGAUAAUCCUAUAUGAGAAGAAGGGGCUUCACGAGAAAGCUCUGCAGGUGCUGGUAGACCAGUCCAAGAAAGCCAACUCCCCCUUGAAAGGCCAUGAGAGGACAGUGCAGUACCUGCAGCACCUGGGCACAGAAAACCUGGAUUUGAUUUUUUCCUACUCAGUGUGGGUGCUGAGAGACUUCCCAGAAGAUGGCCUGAAGAUAUUUACUGAAGACCUUCCAGAAGUUGAGUCUCUGCCACGAGAUCGCGUGCUUGGUUUCUUAACAGAGAAUUUUAAAGGCCUGGCUAUUCCGUACCUGGAACACAUCAUCCACGUUUGGGAGGAGACAGGCUCUCGGUUCCACAACUGCUUGAUCCGGCUGUACUGUGAGAAGGUGCAAGGUCUGAUGAAGGAGUAUCUCCUGUCCUUCCCCGCAGGCCAGACUCCGGUCCCUGCUGGAGAGGAGGAGGGAGAGCUGGGAGAAUACCGGCAGAAGCUCCUUAUGUUCUUGGAGAUUUCCAGCUACUACGAUCCAGGCCGGCUCAUCUGUGAUUUUCCUUUCGAUGGCCUCUUGGAAGAGCGAGCUCUCCUUUUGGGGCGCAUGGGCAAGCAUGAGCAAGCCCUCUUCAUCUACGUCCACAUCCUGAAGGAUACCAGGAUGGCUGAGGAGUACUGCCACAAGUAUUAUGACCAAAACAAAGAUGGCAACAAAGAUGUGUACCUGUCCCUGCUCCGGAUGUACCUGUCACCCCCCAGUGUUCACUGCCUGGGGCCGAUCAAGCUGGAGCUGCUGGAGCCGCAGGCCAACCUCCAGGCUGCCCUGCAGGUCCUCCAGUUGCACCACAGCAAGCUGGACACCACCAAGGCCCUCAACCUUCUGCCAGCAAACACUCAGAUCAAUGAUAUACGCAUCUUUCUGGAAAAGGUCUUAGAAGAAAAUGCACAAAAGAAACGGUUCAAUCAAGUGCUCAAGAACCUCCUCCAUGCAGAGUUCCUGAGGGUCCAGGAAGAGCGGAUUUUACACCAGCAGGUGAAGUGCAUCAUCACAGAGGAGAAGGUGUGCAUGGUGUGCAGGAAGAAGAUAGGGAACAGCGCAUUUGCGAGAUACCCGAAUGGAGUGGUCGUGCACUACUUCUGUUCCAAAGAGGUGAACCCAGCUGACACCUGAGCCCAGCAUGUCAAGGACUGCAGAUGGACAGCCCGCUAUCCCAGAGGGUGAAAGGGCGCCUGGCCUGAGGGAGCAGGAGCCACCCCCCCAGGCAUCUCAUUUGCACACUGCUGGACACCUGGCACCCUGGGACAUCGCUGAGCUAACCAGAUGUGCGGUCUGGCAUUGCCAGCUUUUUAAUAGGAAGCGGGAUUAGUCAUACCUUACGCCAUUAUGUUGUGAGCAAUUCCAGAUAAUUUAUGACUACUUGCUUGGACAGCAGGAGGUGGGGAAGUACACCGUCUUGCCUUUGCAUACCAGUCACCCAGAUAAGGAAACUUAUCACAAGUGUUUGUAACCACAGGAUGUUCAUUCAGUUUUCUACCAAGUACACGACUUCACACGGGCCCGUCAGCGUGAGAGCACAGUGCUGUGUGCACCAGACGGUUAGUUUUCUGUAUAAUGGCAGUUGUUUCUUCACAGUAUCGUACACUGCAUCCCCCAAAUAGUCCCCCCUCACCUCUUUAUUUUUCAGUCUCUUUCUCACUAUUUAUUUUCUUCCUUUAUCUCUCCCCUCACUGCCCUGCCCAGGCUUUCUCUCCUGCUUUUUUGACACCAGGAAUAACGAAUGUUUAAACAAGGCUCAAAUGAGAAGCAAGGGAACAGCCCAGUUUCUAGGAACACAUUGAUAAUGGAUUACCAUGUAUGAUGUAAAGAUGUAAAUAGAUCAUCCCUGAAUGGCACACUGUGCUGAGAAGCUUGAGAGCGCAUUACUGUCUGCCUAGGGGUGUUCUUUAGUCACCUCUUUCUCCGCCCCUAUCCUCUGGGGCCAGUGAGCCUGUGGCUGCCAAGGGCUGGACCAGCACUGAGCUGGGCACGUGACCUCAUCGGCAAGCACCACGAAGAGCCACCUGCCCCCAGUUUGCUCACCAGCAGCUCUGCCCAGGCUGGUUUAGUCACUGCGAGCAGGGUUCUUUGUGCUUUGGGCGCCUUUCUCUGUUUCCAGCCAGUUUCCACCUGCUUCCCUUACAGCUUGGCCUGGCCAUCAGCUCUGCAGCGUUGUCCUGAAGGGUUGGAGGAGUGGGCUGGGAUUUUGUGGGUAGAUGGAUCACAUUAGCCUAUGGUAAUGUGGUCUGAGGUGUGCGGGGACGGCAGAGACCAGCAGCAUGUGGGCUUAUAGAAUGAUUCUCCGCCAUGUCUGCUCAGCCUGGGUGGGGGAUCCUGCCUGCCAAAGUUACCUAGAGGUGCAGUGUGGAGUUUCUAAUCCUGGAGGCUGAGGAGACAUGGGGCAAGGAGUCCCACAUCCUGCUCUCCCCGGGGGUUCUGCAGAUCCGCAGCCUUGUUGCCCCUGUAUCUUUAACAAGAGUGAGGGUUGCUAACAGUGCCCCAGUGUUGGCACUGUUUUAGUGGCCUGUCCUGGACAUGCUGUGAUCCUUUUUAAAUUGCAGCAUUGUGCAGUGCCGUGCCCUGCUCUGUAGGCAGCCUUUCUAGGGAUGCUGGUGGCGGACUCGGCUCCACCUGGGCACCCUCUCUGUGGAGGGGCCGAGGAGGGAACAAAUGCUGACAGCCCCAUUCACAGAGAUGGGUCAGUGCUUCAUGAGAGCCCUGUAGAGCUGUGCGUGGAAAAGCAAAAGCCAUGGCCCCAGCUGGCCAUGCCCACUCAGCACUGCUCUGGGCCCUGUUUGCGUCAGCUGGACUGCGCUGCCUCAGGUGCGGCAGUCACAUCGCCAGGUCACCCUUGGCUUUACAGCAGAAACCUGUCCCACGAUGGGACCCCGCCUUCCUGGCCUGCUGCGUUUGCAUCUGCAUCCUUAUUAAUUGUGGCAGAGGGAACAAAGAAUGUGUGUGUUCUUCCUUCUGGUGUGGAUAAGCAACCCAGUUUUCUCCAACGCCAUUCUUUGUUCCCGAGACUCUGCCCUCCCAGAGGGAGGAGCAGGCUGGAAGUGACAGCUCUGUAGCCAGGCCUGAUUAAGUAAGAUGUCUUAACCGUUCGUCAUAAAACAAUAAAGUAAGAAGCCAAGCCUA